AUGGUAACAGUCAACUUGGAAGAUGUAUUGUACACACGGAAUGACGAUGGUGUUAAUUACGGCGAUGUUGCUUCUCUCACCGACGAUGACAUAUUAAGAAAGGUAUUUCGAACGGAAGAAGAUGCAUAUGAUUUCUAUCAGAAGUUUGGGAGGUUUCAUGGUUUUGGAAUUUGUAAGGGGGAUAUGUUUAAGGAUGGAGGUGGGAACCUAAUUAGGCGAAGAUUUUUUUGCAAUAGAGAAGGGCUCAGACAUAGAAAACAUUACAAUCGGGUGGAUAGGAGGAGGCCUCACAAGCCGGAGACAAGGACAAACUGUGAGGCGAGGAUGUGCAUAUACCUUGACAGGAGCAAUAACAUCUGGAGGGUGAAGAAGGUUAUCACGAAGCACAACCAUGCGCUCACACAUCCUGGCAUGGUCCACCUAAUUCCAAAUUUUCGGUCCAUGACAGAAGCGGAAAAAGCUCAAAUAGAUGGGAUGCAAGGGUGUGGAAUCUCGACCUCGAAGACGAUGCAGUACCUGGCCGGCAUGGCCGGUGGGUAUUCUCUAGUUGGUUUCCUGAAGAAGGAUGCCUAUGACUACGUCGACAGGAGUAGGCGUGCUAGAAUCGCCGAUGGGGAUGCGAACUCGGCUAUAAUGUACCUGGAGGGAAAAGUUGAUGCUAACCUGAUGUCUAUGGCACGGUAUAAUGAUACCGUGGAUGACAUGCUAGCGAAUUUACUCUGGGCAGACGGUGGUAGCAGGCUUGACUACCAGUACUUUGGCGAUGUUCUUGCAUUCGACUCAACAUAUAAGAAGAACAAGUAUGACAGGCCGCUGGUUAUUUUUUCUGGUAGUAACCACAAGCAAACUUGUAUAUUUGGGUUUGGGUUGGUGUUAGAUGAGAGCAUCGCAUCAUAUACAUGGCUGUUGGAGAAUUUUUUGGAGGUCAUGUGCAACAAGGUGCCAUCGGUUGUUGUGACUGAUGAAGAUGAUUUAAUCCGGGAGGCUGUUCGAAAAGUUUUUCCGGAUGCAACCCAUCGGCUUUGUGCAUAA